AUGGUACAAGGUAUCAAUGGGACACCUGUUAAGGAUCGCCUCAUAAGAUGGAAGAAUUUUUUGAGCCCAAACAACCAUGAUGCGCCAUUUGUUGUCCCGAAUAUAACUGAUUCGGGAUCGUCAAUCCAUAUGACAGGUAUAUGGAAGUCAAUCAAGACCUGGACUGAUACGGUCAGAAAAGAUUUUGAACGUAUAGAUGGACCAGCAAUAUAUGGACUUAGACGAUGGAAAAAGGAAUGGCUUCCAUUACUGUCGACAAUGGCAUCAGAUCGCCGCUUGGAAGCGUUUUAUUCUUGUAGGCGUUGGAGCCAGCCUAAACAACUGGGUAAUGAUAACAUCGCUUGUCGGGAUGUGCAAAUCAGUCCAGAGCAUAGCAUCACGGACCUUGAAUACGCUAAUGAUGUAGUCCUUUUUGCUGACAGUUAUAAUGAAAUGCAAAUAAUGUAUCAACAAUUGCAGCGAGAACUAUCCUCAAAAUUAAUGAUGUAA